CCAUAGCAGCAAACGGGUCAAGAUAAAGCUGCGGAGACCAACCUCCCACCAAAGCCAAACAGCGGAUUAACUUCCCCAGCGGCACAGAGCCGAGACCUUAAAGGGUCCCUGGGGAAUUGCAGCGCUGGUUCGCCAGCCCAGAUGGGACCCCUCUGCGAGGAAGCGGAGAGCGGCAGCCUGCAGAGCUGCUCGCCUGUCCCUUCUCCUUUUCCUCCUGCUUCUUUCCCUGCCCAGGUGAUUUUGCAGGGAUAUAAACCACCAGCGAGCAGUGCAAUCACCUGUGCACCACCACCAUCCUUCACGGCCUCUCCCAGUACUGCCACUUGCUUGCCGUGGAGCCCGGCCACCUCCUCCAACAAAUUACCAUCACUUUUACAGAUUUAAACUGCAGGACCCAAGGACCUACAUAAUGGACAAGCCGCCUGCACCCCUCAGGGCUCCCAAAGGAGCCCCAAAACAAGACACAGCUCCUGGGCAGCAAAGUGCUCAGACCACGCGGGUGGCAGGUCUGGUCCGGUCCCUGCAGACAUGGGGUUUUUGGGGGAAAACGCAUGCUGUGCCUGUGCCCAUCUCCAAAGUCACAUCAGCAAGCAAGAAAAUCUUGUGGAAUGUGAGAAAUAGGCAGAAACACAACGAAGAAGCUCUGCCUUGCAUUGGAGACUCUGAUAAAUUUUGCCCUGACUCUUGCUCGAGUGCAAUUGCUGCAGCCAAAGCCGGUCUAAAUGGCUUUUAGGAGACUCGUCAGGUAGGAAAAUAAAUCACCACGCGGACCAUAAAAGUCAUCAAAACGGCAACCUGGGGUGAACUGAGCCACAGAUGGAGGGAAGGGCGCGGACGCUCGGAAAAUGAGAGCAAGGCGGGACGGCGGAGCCCGGAGCGGCGGCCCCCGGGUACGGGGAAAGGGCAGCUGUGUUGACAGGAACUCAAGCAAAAACAGGUUAUCCUGUGGGUGAGGUGGUGAAUGCAGAGCUCUACCUCUGAAAGCUGCCAGUGCUUUUGGGUUCUUGAAAGGGGAUCUGGCCUUUUUGGUAAUGCUCAUGUCCCUGCCGAGCCCCGCAUGGCCACAGAGAGACGAGCCACCCCCCUGCGGCACCGCCACUGGCCUCCCACCAGCCUCAUCCGACAGUGACUCCGGCUGUGCCCUGGAAGAGUACCCGGAGCCCCCCACAGACCCCGCACCCCCCGAGGUCCCAGCAUGCUUCGGCACCCGCUCACCGCAGCCUGCCUCGCCCGCCGACAGGAUCCAGCUCCGCACCAGAGCCCUCCUGCAGCAGCUGCCUCCUCAGGACUGCGAUGAGCGGUACUGCCCCGACCUCGCGGAGGAGGAGAGGAGGCACCUACGAGCGUUCAGUGCCCGACGGAGACGGGAGGCCCUGGGGCAGGGGCUGGCAUGUCCCGUGCCAGGUCCCUGCCAUGGCUGUCCCUGCAAGAAGUGCGGCAGGAGGCUGAACAAAGGAGACCCAGGGAUUUCGGCGUCUCGGCUUGGGGACCAGUUCUGGCACCCGUCCUGCUUCUCCUGCCACUUCUGCCACCAGCCCCUGGUGGACCUCAUCUACUUCCAGCAGGACGGGAGGAUCUACUGCGGCCGGCACCAUGCUGAGCUCUUCCGACCCCGCUGUGCCUCCUGUGACCAGCUGAUCUUCAUGGAGGAGUGCAUCGAGGCGGAGGGCCGGCGCUGGCACCUGGAGCACUUCUGCUGCCUGGAGUGUGACGUGCCCCUGCGCGGGCAGCGCUACGUGAUGAAGAGCGGCCAGCCCUGCUGCUGCAGCUGCUUCGAGAGCCUCUUCGCCGAGCCGUGCCAGGCCUGCGGGGACCCCAUCGGUGCCGACAGCGAAGAGGCCACCCACCAAGGGCUGUACUGGCAUGCCCGAGCCGCCUGCUUCUGCUGCAGCCUCUGCCGAAAGCCGCUGCACGGGCAGCCCCUCACCUCCCGCCAUGGCCAGCUCUUCUGCUCCGAGAACUGCAGCCUGGGACUGGAUGCAUCCUCCACCGCAUCUGACUCCUCCGACUCGGCUUUUGCCUCAGCCCCAUCCCCCGACUCAACGCCCCUCUCCCGAGCCGGCCCUGCCGGCAGGACUGUGCCAGAGGCAUUUCUGGAUCAAGCCUCCCUGCACCCAGCAUUCAGGAGCCUGGAGAACCACGGAGCAGCUGCUAAGGAGCGGAGCAGGGAUGCCGUGCAGACAGGGAUGCGGGGACCACCGGCUGGACACCCCUCCAGCCUGCAGCCCAGUGCAGAGGGUCCCAAUGGGCCUGGAGUCCUCAACUACCCUGUUUCGGGGGGCCCUGACCCCCGAACGCCCACAGGCAAUGGAAACCCAUGCUUCCAAGCAGGCACAUCCCCUGCCCGACAGAACGCGCAGCCGGAGGACAUUGACCUGCAGGACAUCACGGAGGAGGAUGACUCCUGGUGUCCCACCUGCUCUUCAUCUUCGGACUCAGACUCGGAGGAAGAAGGUUUCUUCUUCGGGAAGCCCAUCCCCAAGCCCGGGAUGAGUUCCCUUCACAGGGAGCCCCUGGGGAAGGCCAGGGGCAGGACGGCGAAGCCGUGGGCCAGCAGCAAGCACUGUAGCGUGUCCUAGCAGCGGGGACUGGGGGGUCCUUGACUGGACUGCCAUCCUGCCAGCCCCUGCCGCGGUCUCAACACGUUCCAAGUGUGUUUUGGAUGCAGCCCAAGGCUGGUGGGGAGAAGCCACUGGGAUCCUUUCCCCCAGCAGCUGCUGGCAAAGCACAGCCUGUAAUUCCUGCUGGCCUCUCCCGUAAUUAGGAACAGGUAAAGCAGGUAGGGAGCAGAGAGCCGGCAGCCCGCACCAGGGCUCCCAUCUCCGACAAGGUGGCAGCCCUGGAGAGCAGCCGCGCUCAGGGGAGGGUGGCCGGGAGCUCAAGACAAGGGCAGCUGCCUGCAUUGUCCCGCUGCAGGGCUGCUGCUGGGGCCCCAUGGGGACAGGACGGGUUUGGAUCCUUCCCUGGGACACCUCCUUGAAGGACAAGGGCCACUGCCAGAUGCUCUCCAUCCCUAGUGGCACCCUGUCCCCUGCCACCAUGGGGGUGGCAGAGGACUGAGGGGCAGCUCUGCUGCUGCUGCAGACGAUGCUCCAAUAAAGUUUGGCUGAAAUCUGAACAGAGGAGAGCC